GGACACUAGAAAGGGACCAUGGCUUCCCUUAGUCCAUUCGGACGGUCCAGCAAGGAUAUUAUGAAUGUGAUGCAGAAGCUGCAAGAUGAACAGGAGUUGGUACAGAAAAGAACUUUCACAAAGUGGAUUAAUUCUCACUUGGCAAAGCACAAACCUCCCUUUGAAGUCAACGACCUCUUUGAGGACAUCAAGGAUGGGGUAAAACUGCUGGCUCUGUUAGAGGUGCUGUCUGGACAGAGAUUACCAUGUGAGCAGGGCCGCCAGCUGAAAAGGAUCCACUGGGUGUCCAACAUCGGCACUGCAUUGAAGUUCCUGGAGGGCAGGAGGUCUGUAUACAAAGGAUGUCCGAUCAAACUAGUCAAUAUUAAUGCAACUGACAUCGCUGAUGGACGCCCAUCCAUUGUCUUGGGGCUGAUGUGGACCAUUAUCCUCUAUUUCCAGAUUGAGGAGUUGACCAGUAAUCUGCAAGCCCUUCAGGCUUUAUCCAGCAGUGCCUCUUCCGUGGAUAGCAUGGCCAGCUCAGAGACAGGCAGCCCACCCAUGAAACGCAAGGUGGUCAAGUUUCAGGGCAAUGCCAAACGAGCCCUGCUCAGAUGGGUCCAAAGCACAGCAACCAAGUGUCUGGGGAUUGAAGUUAAAGACUUUGGUCGUAGUUGGCGCAGUGGCGUGGCUUUUCACUCCGUUAUACAUGCCAUACGGCCAGAACUCGUUGACAUGGACCUUGUAAGAAGAAGAAGUAACCGCGAGAACCUGGAAGAAGCAUUCAGCGUGGCAGAGAAUGAGCUUGGAAUACCACGUUUACUAGAUCCUGAAGAUGUGGAUGUGGACAAGCCUGAUGAGAAAUCAAUAAUGACAUACGUAGCUCAGUUCCUGAAGCACUACCCAGAUGCCCACCAAUCCGAGACAGAUGGACAGCAAGAGGAGUAUGAUCCACAAGAUAUUGAACUAAUGCUUGAGAGAGAGGAACGGAAGGUGCUGAGAGAGGUGAAGGUCUGGCUGGAUCAGCUGGAGAGAGAUAUAUUGUGUGCACAAGGCUCUGAAGAGAGUCUCACUGACAAAUAUCAGGCCUUCAAGAGCUUCCGAGUGCAGUAUGAAAUGAGGAAGAAACAGAUUGAGUCACUUCUGCAGCCGGUACACAGAGACGGAAAACUGUCAGUAGAUCAGGCUGUCCUCAAACAGUCCUGGGAUCACGUGUCUGUCAGGCUCUUAGACUGGCACAUUCAUCUGGAUAAGUCUUUGCCUGGCCCUCUGGGAGUGAUUGGAGCAUGGCUGCAUCGGGCAGAACUUGCCCUGAGAGAAGACGUACCCAUUCAACAGGCCCAUGAAGAGACCGCCAACAUCAUCCACAGAAAACUGGAACAGCACAUGGAGGUGUUGAACAAUUUGGAAGGACACAGACAGACAUUCCAACAGAUUCACAGAGACAGAUCCGUAAACGGCGUCCCCGUUCCUCCCGAGCAGCUGCAGGACAUGGCAGAAAGAUUUAAUUUUGUGUCCACAUCAUCUCAUGUACAUGUGAUUAAACUUGAAUUCUGGGAGAUGAAGUAUCGCCUGAUGGCAUUUCUCAUCCUGGCGGAGUCGAAGCUCAAAUCUUGGAUCAUUAAAUACGGCAGACGUGACUCAGUGGAGCUUCUCCUGCAAAAAUUACAGGUAUUUAUUGAAGGUCAUAAGUUCUUUGAGCAAUAUGAAACCACGUUUCAGAGUCUGAAACAAGCUGCAGACACCUAUAUGAAAUCUGGAGCUUCAGGCAGUAAAAUCAACAGGAAAGCUGAAGAGGGUGAAGGAGUGCAUAAGUUUCUGAGCGAUGCAACGGCGCAGUGGAAGAACCUGUCGGUGGAGGUGCGCAGUGUUCGCAGCAUGUUGGAAGAAGUCAUCUGUAACUGGGAGAAGUACAGCAGCAUGGUGGCCAGCCUGCAGGCCUGGCUGGAGGAUGCAGAGAAGAUGCUCAACCAAUCAGAGAGCGACAAACGGGAAUUUUUCCGGAAUCUUCCACACUGGAUCCAGCAGCACAUGGACAUGAACGAUGCUGGAAACUUCCUGAUAGAAACAUGUGAUGAAACGGUUUCCAGAGAACUGAAACAACAGCUUCUCCUUCUCAACGGCAGAUGGAGAGAACUGUUCGUCAGAGUCAAACAUUAUGCAAGAGCAGAUGAAGUGGACAAGCUGAGGAAAGAUUACGAAGACGGGAUUGAAGCUUUAAAAGGAUUUAUUGACAUGUCCAAUGAGAGAAUGAACACUCCAGUUCAAGUGUCUUUCCUAAACAUAAGGACAUAUCUGCAAGAUGUUGAGGACAUCAAGCACAAAGUGCCAUCCAUGGAGGCUGCAUUUAAGACAGCGACACGUAACGCACAGCAGCUGACCAAGGACUUCCCAGAGGAGGAGAUCGCACAGAUGCUGGCUACCAUGGCAACCAUCAAAGAUGAGCUCAGCAAGAUAAGAGAAAGAGCUCUACCCCUGCUGAGGGAUUCUCAGGCCAUGCUGCCUCCUCUAGAGGAGAUGGAGAAACAUAUCACUGGGUUCUACCAGUCACUGGAGAAGGCGAGCCGCAUCACUUCCUCUCGGGACUCCGAGGCUCCAGGAGACUUCAAGCAGAAGUGUCAGGAGCUGGUGACAUAUCAGCAGAGCUGUAAGAAGUGUCUGUCAGUGAUUGAUAAAACCCAGCAGGCCAUUUUGACAUCUUUGGACACCAGCAAGACCCUCAAACAUCUGGACACAUCAUUGCUAGAGAGGAGAAUCACUGAGCUUCAGGCUUCUUCGCAGGCCAUGGUAAAGGAGACCACGGAGUGGAAGAGACAUGUAGAGGCGAACAGCAGCCUGAUGAAGAGGUUUGAGGAGUCUCGCGUGGAGCUUGAGAAGGUUCUGAAAGUAGCUCGUAGCUCCAUGGCCGAGAGAGGAAACCCAGAGGAGCUUCUGAAAAAGCACACGGAGUUCUUCGGGCAGCUGGAUCAGAGAGUUCUCAACGCGUUCCUCAAAGCCUGUGAUGAACUCACAGAUAUUCUACCAGAACAAGAACAGCAGAAUCUACAGGAAACAGUCAGGAAACUACACAAACAGUGGAAGGAUGUGCAGACAGAGAUUCCGUAUCACCUGCUUCAUCUGAAGGUGGAACAGGAGAAGAGUCGGCUGAUGACUUCACUGCAGGAGUGCCAGUCUGAACUGGCUCGAGAGAACCGCAGUCUGCCCAGCAUGGGCAGUGAGAGAUUAAUCAAAGAGCACAGGAUGUUUUUUAAGGAAAAGGGUCCACAGGCUCUCUGUGAGAAGCGAUUGCAGCAUAUGGAGGAACUUUGUUUGAAGCUUCCAGAGAGCGAACAGGCUUGCCAGACUUUGGAAAACUCCAAAACAGCGUUUUCUGAUGUCAAAGAGGAGAUUGAGAGCACACAUUACAAACUCAUGCAGCACCCUGACAAAUGGAAGGAGUUUAACACCAGAUUUUCUGACCUCUCUGCCUGGGUAACAUCAAAGGAAAGUCAACUCAGACUUCUACGAAACAGAGCCGGUGACCCCAGCAAGUUUGGCCACGUCAAAUCGACCAUUGAGAGUCUGAGGAACGAUUCCGAACUUCAGGAAGGGAAUCUAAGCUGGUUGAAGACUCGUUUGGCUGCUCUGAUAGAGGUUUGCACAGAGAGUGACGCCCAGCGACAGGGAGCCGCGCUCAGCAAACUCUCCAAUGACUUUAAGGGCCUCCUCGUGUCUCUUUCUGAGUCAGAGAAAGUGGUGCUGGCUGUGGGUGACUGUGUUCAGUUCAGAGAGGAGGUUAAAACCACUCUGGAGGAGUUGACUCAGGGUCAACAGGAGUUGCAGACAGACAUCAACAAGAUGCUGGACUCUGAUUCUGUUAGAGAAGCACAACAACUGCUGCUGCUACAUCAGCAACAACUGAAGCGUCUCCAGCUGAAGAGGAAGGAAAUGCAAGAGCAGAUAAUCCGAGGACAGCAGCUACAGAUAGAGGAGGGUCUGGAGGAGAGCUUACAGGAAGAUCUGGUGAAAAUGGAGACCACCCUGAACAAAAUGGAUCAAAGUAUUGCAUCACAGGAACAGAACCUGGAGGUGACUUUAGCUGCUUGGCAGGAGUUUGACGGUCAGCAGGCAGCAGUGAGGGAGUUUGUGGGUAAAGUGCGAUCGGUCACAGAGAAAGAGAUGAAUUUCAGCAGUCCAGAGAGUCUAACCACAGAGCUGGAACAGACCAAGGAACUGGUGAAACAGUGUAAAUCAGAGUCCAAACAGGUAAACACUCUUCUGAAGAGAGCUGCAGAGAUCCAGCUGGGCCCCAAAAAUCAGUGUCUCCUACUGGAUCAAGCCCGAGCUCUGAGUGAACAAGUGGACAAAGUUGAAGCUGGCCUCGAGAGAGAUGUGAAGACAUUAGAGGGGAUGAAACAUCAGUGGGACUCGUUCGGGAGUGAGUUUGAAGCAUUUUCUGCAUGGAUAACAGAGAGAGAAAGAGAACUUGAUGCUCUGAAAAGCUCCAGCACACCUCUGGACCAGCAGAUCUGUACUGUAAAGAUUAUCAGUGAUGGUCUUCAGGAGAGGGCAGAGGUCCUUUCCAAACUGGAGGAGAAGUCUCAAGGACUGGUCCAGUUCAUGUCCUCUGGCGAGUCUGCACGAAUCAAAGCUCGCCUGACUCAGAUUGGCAGGUACUGGGAGGAGCUUAAGGAGAGUGUGGAACACUUGAAUGGACAGUUGGAAGAAAGCUCCUCCCACCAGAUGAAGUUUAAUGCCAGUCUUCAACAGGUCCAAUCAGAGGUUGAAAACAUCCAGAGGAAACUAGACAGCCCUGUCACUUCCUGUGUGUCUUCAUCUGAGACCUACAAAACUCUACAGGAUCACAUGGAUGUUUUCCAAUCCCUGGAGAAGCUGAAGGCCACCCUGCUGUCUCUGUAUGCUGGAUCCCGCCGGCUCAAUGAUAGAGAGAAUGCAGAGAGAGGCGUAGCGGCCCUACAGCAAACUCACGAGCAGAGUAUAAAGCAGGCCAAAGAGAAACAAAGCCAAAUGGAGAGCCUUCUGUCACUUUGGCAAAAAUAUGAAAAGGAUCGGUCUUCCCUGAAGUCUUGCCUGGAGCGGUGUGAAUCUGUAUCCAGCUCUGAUACUCCGUUCCUCCCUGUUGACAAACUAAAGCUGGAUGGAGAACUGCUGGAACUGAAACAUCUACAGAGUGAACUUCAGUCACUGGAGUCAGUUUACAACAAGCUGGUUGCCCAAACGCCAACUCUUUACCCCACGGCAUCAGAUGAACAUGUGAAAACCCUCAAAGAAGACCUUGAACUGCUCAAGAAAAAAUGGAGCUGUCAGACCACAGCUAUACCUCACAGAAUCCAAGUGCUUCAGGAUCAUCUAACUCAAGUGGAAGAAUUUGAUCAGGCCCUACAGAAGUUCUUCAAAUGGGCAGAAUCUCUCCUUUCCUCUUUACACUCAUUUUCUCAUGUUGAUGUCACUGAUCUUCAGCCUUCCUCCAAUGAUGUAAAGGAGAGGAGAGAGGCUCUGCAAAAACAAAGCGUUGAAAGACAGAGUCUUCAGCAGCAAACUAAGGCCUUAUGUGACGUUUGUGAGCCCGCUGAGGUCCAGCAGUUUCAGGGAAGGUGGGAGAGCUCCUUGCAGCCGUACCUGGAAGCCCAUCAGCUGGUUGAACUACGUGGUGAGAGCCUGGAAAAGCUUGAGGCCUUCUUACACACCCACAGGGUGGCGGCUGAUGUUCUUCGAGGCCUCAGACAGACCGUGGAGAGCGCUGGAAGCUGGGACAAGAGCCGGGUGGAUGAGCUGCAGCGAGAUCUGGAAGCCAUCGUUCCUGACAUCAGUCGCCUUGAGAUGCUCGCCGUGAACCUGGACGGCAGCCUCUGUAAAGCUCACCUCCACCUGAUCAAUGGGAAAGAAGCUCGUGCCUCGUGCCGCUCGAUGGCUGAUUCGUUGAGUGUGGAACUCGAUGCCGUGAGGAACUUUCUGGGCUCGAAGCAGAGUGAGGCGGAAGCUUUGGGUGCUCUUUGGAGUUCGUUCAGACAACGUAAAGAGCAGCUGCUCAAAACGGUGGAGGACAUUGAGGAGAAGGCUGAUCAACAGGGCCUAAAAGAGCCCAAUGUUCUUACUCUACAGCAGAGACUUCGGUUUUUCAAUCAGUUGGAGGAUGAGCUUCAGUCCCACCAGCACGAAGAACAGUGGCUCAGAGAUAAAGGUCAACAGCUGGCACAGAGAGAUGCAGAGCUGGGUGGUGAAGUAUUGAGAGAGAUAAACCUGCUUCAAACCACCUGGGAAGACACAAAAAGACUCAUCACUGAAAGGCAAGAGCAGAGCAGUGCUUUGGUAGAACUCAUGAAAGACUAUCAGAGUCUGAAGUCUUCAGUAAACACAGUAUUGGAGAGUGCUGAUGCUAUAGCUGACAUUAAAGCUGUCGUAAAAGACCAAGAGGACACCCGGAGAUCGCUGUUAAAGCAUGAAGCUGUUAAAUCCGAGAUGUCCGCUAACCAGGAUGUGCUCGAGCAAUUCUCUAGCAAAGGCAAGAAGCUGCUAAGUGAAUUAAACAGGAUCCCUGAUUGUGACACCCAGAUUGUGAAAACAGAAAUGGAUGCCACCGUGGACCAAUGGCUGGAUGUGUCAGAGAAAAUCGAGGGCAAUCUGGAAAGUCUCAAUCGGAGCACUGCUUUGUGGGAAGACAUCUAUGAAAUCAGCGCCGAGAUUGAAAGCUGGUCCAACAGCUCCAUUGUGGACCUUACAGAUGGACUUAAUAACUUCAACGACAGCCAAAAAACAGAAAGCAAACUCUCUGAAGUCAAGGUGGAUGUCAGGCUGAAAGAAAAGAGGAUAGAUGCUCUACAAGAGAAAGUAUCAGAGCUGAAACAACUUGGUGGUGGCCAGGACACCCCUGCUAAACUACAGGUCGUUGAGACGGACCUCAGAAGGAAGAUUGGUAACAUUGAAGAGUUAUGUGAUCAAGCCAAGAGCAACCUUCAAGAUUUCUGCUCUCAGAAGAAACAGCUUGAGGACUUUCUCUCUCAAAUGUCUGAGUGGUUUAAGAACGUGGAGAGAUCUUUGCUGGAUUCACCCUGUGGAACAGCUCCAGAAGAAAUCUGUAGAGUGAAGGAGAUCCAGAAAGAACUCCAGAACCAGCAGACAAGUAUUGACUCAGCCCGGGAGAGUCUGAACACACUCUGCAGAAAAUACCCAUCAGAGGAACUUGCUGGUUUGGGAACAUCUCUGACUGAUCUCAUCAAGAAAUAUGAAACAGUCAAUCAGCUCUGUGUUAAAAAGCUUGCAUCCAUGCAGCACGGCCUCCAGCAACACUUCAAUGAUCUUGUAAAGGAGUUUCAUACAUGGCUCUCUGGACAGAAAGAUAUCGUGAGAGAAUGCUCUAAUCAUUCUGGUGACAUGAGUGUAGUAGAACGCAAAUUACAAAAACUAAAGGGAGCUCUGGAGCGGGUGGAUGAUGGAGACAGCCGCCUAACUCAAGUGUGUACGGAGGGAGAAAAGCUUCUUCUACAUCUUCCCAAAGCCAGUGCAGGACAGGUGCAGCAGAACCUCUCAUCUAUCCAGCAGGACUGGGACAGAUACGUGGAGCAGUGUAAACAGAAUCAGCAAAACCUGGAGGAGAGCGCCAGUCUGCUCAGCAGCUUUGAGAACUGUCUGCAGAGGCUGACCCGGUGGUUGGAGAGGAUGGAUGUGAGGCUGAGCACAGAGCUGCCUGAGGGGAGACACAGCGACCAGGAGAGAGCUUUGCUGGAGCGCGUGGAGGAGUUCCAACAUGAAGUGCUUAAAGAGAGAGACUCAUUUGAGAGUUUGUGUCAGGAGGCUCAAGCACUGAGUGAAGAAGGUCACGGCAGUGGGGCAGAGGUGCAGGCGUCUGCGCAGUUGCAGUUGCAGCAUCAGGCACUACUCAAAGCAGUGAGAGAGAGACUGCGCAUAUGUCAACUGAGCCUGCAGGAGCAGAAAAACUUUGAGGAGACGUUGCAAAACACAUGGGUCUGGCUCAGUGGGGUACAGGAACGACUCACUGCUCUCAACAGCACCAGUGGGAAUAAAGAGACUCUGGAGAAGAGACUGGGACUGGUGCAGGACAUCUUGCUGAUGAAGGGAGAGGGAGAGGUAAAGCUCAAUAUGUCAGUAGGGAAAGGAGAGCAGGUACUGAAGAACUGCAGUCGAGAUAAACAGGAAGUCAUUCGCUCUCAGCUCAAGAGUCUGAAGGAUUCCUGGGCAAACAUCCUCAUGACCGCCAUGAGCUGUCACAGUCGUUUAGAGUGGACUGUAACUCAGUGGGACAGUUUUCUGGAGAGUAAAGCUCAGCUACAGCAGUGGAUGGAGAUGGUUGAACAGGAAGUGGGCGUGGCUCUGCCUCAACAGCCCGGACUGAAGGAGAAGGCCUCACUGCUGGAGCGUCUGAAGGCCAUUCAGGCAGAUGUGGAGGUCCAUUCAUCAGCACUGACCCUUCUAAAUGAGAAAGCCACAGAGCUGUAUGAGAAAACAGGAGAUCAGACUUUUGCAGAGGGACCAAAAGCAGAGUUUAAUUCCCAGUUUACCAACAUCACAACAGUCAUUAAGAGUAAAGUACAACAGAUGAAAGAGAUCGUCAAAGAGCACGAGCAGUACGUGGAGUCAGUGCGUGAACUCAACGACUGGCUCACCUCGGCUAAAGAAGAGCUUCAGCGCUGGUCAGACAUGUGUGGAGAUGCUGCUUCCGUUCAGAGGAAACUCUCCAAAGUCAGGGCGCUGUUAGACUCCAAAAAGCAAGGACGCGAGCGCCUGUCCCGUGUGCAGCAUUGCGGUGCUGCCACGCGUGACCAAACGUCCACGAUGGGCUGUGAGGUUCUGGAGCGAGAGGAAGCAGGGCUGCUGUCGGCCUGGGAACAGUGGGAACGAGGAGCCAAAAAUGUGUGCUCCGGUCUAGAGGGGGUUCUGGGUCAGAUGGCAAACUCGGAGCAGGAGUUCAACAGUUUAGCCACACAGCUGGAGCAGGACCUACAGGAGUUUAGCUGCAAGCUGCAUGAGUGGCGGGACAAAUUACAGAAGGUGGAGGAUAUGACAUCCAGUGAAGAGGCUGUACAGGGCUGGCAGAUAGCAAAGGACACUCUGGAAGCACUGCUGAAUGUGGAGCCCAUGUCAGAAAAUAUAAAGUCUCAGCUGAAUGAUCUGUGCCGCUUCUCUAGAGAUCUGGGAGCUCAAUCUGAGAGAGUGUCCACCCUCAUCAAAGAGUACAACAGUCUUAGUCUCCAGGCAUCUCGAGAGUGCCAAGGGAAGGAGAAGCUUCUGGAGCAGAGGUUCCGUGCUGCUUUUCGAGACUUCCAGCAGUGGCUGGUUAAUGCCAAAAUCAACACAGCCAAAUGUUUUGAUGUUCCUCAGAAUCUCGCCGAGGCAUCAUCUAGCCUGCAGAAGAUCCAGGAGUUUCUGAGUGACCGAGAGCAGGGCCAUGGCAAACUGAACACCGUGGCAGCCAGUGGAGAGCUACUGAUGGGCAUCACUGCUAAAGAGAGAGUGGAGUCUGUCAGAGGCAAAAUCAACACAACCAGAGAAGACUGGAAAACACUGAUGACAAACCUGCACCAAAGAGAGAACGCCUUACAGAAUCUUCAGGCUCAGAUGAGAGACUUUGAAACGAGUGUGGAGCCGCUCCAGGAUUGGUUGAAUGAAACCGAGGAAGCUGUGCAGGAGAGCAGCAGUCGACUGCAUGAUCUCACAGCUAAGAAACGGGAACUGCACAGGUUACAGUCUCUGCUAGAGGAGUUAGCCUCUAAGGAGUCUCAGCUGAGCAGGUUGAGGGAGAAGGCCCAGCAGCUGUGGGACGGACACACAGCCGGAAAGGGCUUUGUGCACCGUGUCUCGCAGCUCUCAGCUCAGUUCCUAGCUUUAAACAACCUGACCAAGGAAAAAGCAUCUCGUAUCGACCGUAUCGUGUCCGAACAUCAGCUGUUCUCUCAGGGCCUGAAGGAGCUGCAGAAUUGGGUCGCUGAUACGAGUCAUAUGCUGCAAACCUACUGCACACCAACCGCUGACAAGAACAUUCUGGACAGCAGAAUGAUCAAACUCGAGGCUUUGCUGACAGCACGUCAAGAGAAGGAGAUCCAGAUGAAAAUGCUGCUGACGAGAGGAGAGUCUGUGCAGAGAAACACUUCAGCUGAGGGUGUACCGCUGGUGCGCAAACAAAUGGAAGACCUCAAAUAUGCCUGGGAUGGACUGCUGUCUGCAUCUAUUCAAUGCAAAAGUCAACUGGAGGGCGCUCUCUCACAGUGGACCAGUUAUCAAGAGGACGUGCGUCAGUUUGUGAGCUGGAUGGAGAUGGUGGAAGAGACUUUAAAUGCUGCGGAUAAGCAAUACUCUGAGAUGAGGGAUAAAACCACCAACCUGGGCAAAGCCAAGUUGCUCUAUGAGGACGUAUCAAGUCACAGCAGCGUCCUGGAUGUCAUAUCCUCGAAAGGAUCCAAUAUGGCAGAGCAUUAUGUCACCCAACUAGAGAUUCAGGACUUGCAAGAGCGCUACAACAUUGUCAAAGAUAAAGCCCAGUGCGCGGUUGCUAAAGCAGAGGAGCUUGUGUCUGCUCAUCAGGAGUACCAGCGCGGUCUACAUGAGUUUAAAGACUGGCUUGAACGGCAGCAGGAGAGAUUAAGCAGCUACACACAGCUGGAGGGAGAUAUUGACACUCUGGAGGACACACUUCACAAACUACAGGUGUUGCAGGUGCACUGCACAGAGGGUCAAGCUCUGCUCAACACCCUGCUGGUGACCCGAGAGCAGGUGAUUCCCUGGGGAGUUCCACAAUUAGAAGACAGAUGUCUGGAGACAGUGCAGCAGGACUGGGCAUCGUAUCAGGACCAGCUGGGUGAGACCCGAUCUCAACUCAACAGCGCUAUGGCUAAACUGCGUCAGAUUGAGCAGAAGUUCCAGCGGCUCGAUAACUGGCUGAAGGGAAUGGAGAGUAAAGGGCAGUUACGCUCUGACCGUCGCUCUGAUAGAGCUACAAAAGAGGCUCAGCUGCUGCUCUUGAAGGGUUGGUAUGAGGAGGUUCUGGUGUAUCAAGAGGAGAUUGAGGGUCUAAGUGUUCUAGCUCAACAGAUUUUAGAAGAGACCCACAUCAGCAGUCGAGUAAGCAGCAGAGCUACACAGCUCACGUCACGCUACCACGCCCUGCUGCUACACCUACUGGACACUAUUAAGCAGCUGGAAGAGGAAGUGUUUAGCAUUGAGGAGGCUCAGAGUGUCUUCAGCACCUUCUCUGAUUGGUUGAACACAGCACAAAAUAACUUCAGUAGUGUGACCAAUACCACCAUUGAUGUGGUCGAUCGUGUUGCCUUGGAGAAGAAGAUGAAAAAACUAGAGGCUCUACAGGGUGACAUGGAACUAGGUCACACCUUCCUGAAAACAAUGCGUGAAAAGACGGGUUGCGCCAUGAUGUUCCUCGAAGAACCAGAGGCAGAGCAUCUCAGGGAGGAAGUCAACACCCGACUUUCCCAAUUGGAGAUGUUAAUCAGAGCUCUCCGGUCAGAGCUCAGUGCCACAGAGAAAUCUAUACAGCUCUCCAAAGACUUCCUGGACAAAUAUAAAGCUCAAACACAGUGGCUUACUGAGACUAAAUCACUGCUGGCUUCUCCUGUGGAGCCAAAGGCUGAACUUUACCAAAAGAAGGCCCAAUUAGCCAAAUAUAAGACAAUCCAGCAUACCAUACAAUCCCACGAAUCAGCCAUCAAAUCUGUUAUUGAGAAAGGAGAUGCUCUUCUAGAAACAAUCCGGGACCCGUCUAUCAGUGAGAACAUUGGCAAGCUAAAAACCAACUAUCAAGAUCUUUGUAAUGAUGCUAAGGUCCGUGUGCAGAGCUUGACAGAGGGUGUCAGAGAACAUGAGGACUAUAACAGUGAGCUACAGGAAGUGGAGAAGUGGCUGCUACAGAUGUCCAGCAGAUUGGUCACUUCUGAUUCCAUGCAAAGUGACAAUCUAGAGACCGCAACACAACAGUUAGCCAGACACAAGGGAAUAAUGGAGGAGAUAGCCGGCUUUGAGGAGCGUUUGACCAGUCUGAAAGAGAAAGGUGAUCGUCUCACCAGCAGUUGCUCAGAGCAAGUCCAGGCAAAGAUCAGUCAACAGAUCCAGGCUCACCAACAGGGAACCAGAGACAGUUAUUCAGCCAUCUGCAGCACAGCUCAGCGUGUGUAUCAGAGUCUGGACUGUGAGCUACAGAAGCAUGUCAGCCAUCAGGACACCCUACAACAGUGUCAAACGUGGCUGUCCACUGUUCAAGAGGAGAUCCAACAGCAGACACAGACUCCCUAUGGCCUUCAAGAGGCUCUGAAACAGGUGAAACACUUUAGGGCCCUACAGGAACAGGCGAGCACUUACUUGGACCUGGUUUGUUCAGUAUGUGAUUUAUCUGAUGAAACUGUGAGAGGAACUGCUGCCAGAAUACAACAAACUAAAACAAUGAUUGAGGGGAGGAUGUCCACGUCUCAAGAGCUGUCAGACAGUUGGAGGGAAAUUAAGGAACAGAAGCAGGAACUGUUAACACUUUUUCAGGACAUGGAACAGCAAUUGCAAAGUCUUUUCAGGAGACCCUCUGAGCUUGAGCCCAAGAUUGCUCAGAACAUGCUGGAUCAAGCAGAAGAGUUUGUCCAGCAGCUUCAAAGCAGACAGAGCACUCUGACUAAGAUGACAGAGCUUGUGAGUAAGCUGACAGAAGGGAAAGAGUCUCCUGAUCAUUCAGAGAUUGGUCGACUGAGUCAUGCAUGGCUGGAACUGUGCCAUCAGGCCAACAAACUGCAGGAACAGAGAUGCGAAGAUCUGCAGAGAACUAAAGAGUACCAUGAAUGCAUCAGUGCCAUGGAAGCCCUGUUUGAACACAUGUCCAAAGAAUGGGACAACCUGGCCAGAACUGAUGCUGAGAGCUCAUCAGAACAUUUGGAGGCUCUUCGAAACCUUUCCAUUGUCCUCAAAGAGAAGAAAAGCACUCUCGAUGACCUCAAAGACCAGAAGCAAAAGGUGAUGUACCAUCUAAACCUGGAUGACAAAGAGCUGGUGAAGGAGCAGAUCAGCCACUUUGAGCAGCGAUGGGCCCAUCUGGAGAGCCUCAUUGAGAGGAAGAUCCAAGAUUCCAUUGUGACUCUUGAAGACAUGGCCCAAAUCGAGGCCCGCUUGAAGGAAGCUCGAGAAUGGGCCGAGGAGCAGCAGCCUGCACUGUCUAAAGCCAUGAAGAUGAGCCCUCCACCUGAGUUGGCACAGAGUUUUCUCUUCGACCAUCUCACCAUAUGCAGUGAGCUGGAAGCCAAGCAGCUUCUAUUGGCCCAAGCUAUGAGUGAUGCAGAUAGAGUUUUAACACAUUUGGGUCUUAAUGAAAGGCAAAGACUGCAGCAGUUGAUCUCAGAAAGUCAAGCAGAGGUUGAGUUACUAAGCAUCAAAGUGGCUCAACGUAGAAAACAUCUAAGCAAAGCCUUCACCGAAAGGACCCAGUUCUUAUUGGCUGUGAACCAAGCAAUCACCUGGGUGCAACAGAAUGAGAAGAAAGCACAGGCUGAGGAGUACAUAGCCCUACUUCCUGAUGACCUAUCUAAGCAAGUAAGAACUUGCAGGAACAUCCAAAGCAGCUUGAGAGCCUACCAGAGUGAGCUGACAUCCCUAUGGUCCCAAGGAUGGGAUCUAAUGAAAGACGCCACUGAGGAAGAGAAAACAGAGAUGCUAAAUAAACUCCAAGAACUGCAGAAUAUCUUUGAGGUCGCCCUUCAGAAGUGUAGCCAAAGGCUUCAGGAACUGGAAAAAGUUUUGGUAACGAGGAAAUACUUCAAAGCAGAUCUAGAGAAGAUAUGCCAGUGGUUGAAGCAAGCAGACAUUGUGACAUUCCCGGAGAUAAACCUCAUGAAUGGAGACACAGAAUUAAGCUCACAGCUUACAAAAUACCAACAAAUAUUGGAUCAAGCCAUGGAAUAUGAGAAUCUUCUUCUGACCGUGCAAAGAACAGGUCAAGAAAUACUUCCCACUCUGAAUGAAGUGGACCAUUGUUACUUGGAUGAGAAAUUGAUUGCCCUUCCUCAACAGUUCAAUAAUAUACUGGCACUAGCCAAAGAGAAACAAGAGAAAAUACAGCAAGCCAUUCUUGCCCGACAAGAGUAUGCCUCCUUUAUUGACAUGACUCAUAAAGCACUGAAAGAACUUGAGGAGCAGUUCCAUAACUUGGGAAUGCAGUCUGUCGGCCUUAAGACAGAAGAAGUUGUCCUUCUACAAGCAGAUUACAAAGCGCUCCUGGAGGAGUUGACCAAUCUCGGUCAAGCAGUCAGUGAGCUUAGCCAGAAAAAAGAGGGUUUUCGAAGCAGUGGUCAACCUUGGAGGCCCGAAGACAUGACCCAACUGGUCAGCCUUUACAACGGACUCAAGAGAUUGAUCGAACAGAAGGUGGAACAUCUUGACGAUACUCUGGAAUCGUUUGAAGACCAUCAAGCCAUGGCAACGCAGGUUGACUCGGAGCUGAAGGCCACCAAAGAGCAACUAGUCAAGGUCAAUGCUGAGACGCAGUCAGCUGAGGAGCGAUUGAAGAACUAUCAUGCCUUAGCUGCUAGUCUUCAAGGUGCCAGCUCUCACCUUACCCGACUCAUGGAGCAGAUGGAUAAUCUGGCAUCUCACAUAGAUCAAGCUGCCCAUGAGGCCUCAAAACAGCGGGUAACCUCUUGGCAGGACGAGCUUCAGUCCCUGCAGUCAGCUGUUGGGGAACUGAUUGUUGAGUGCGAGAACAGGUUUGUGCAGAGUAAAGACUUUGAGACUGAAGUCAAUCAAACCUUAAGUUGGCUGCAGCAAGUCAGAGAUGAACUUGGCUCUGCAGUGGUUGUUGACGUUAAGAUUGAGAAGGUCCAGGAGGAAAUCAGGAAGCAACAGAUCAUGCAAGAGGAAGUCCAUUCGAGGUUGAGGAUAGUAGCAGCUUUGAGCACGAGAGAGAAACAGAAGUACACAAGUGCCAAUGAACUUGUCCCUGCUCAUGUGGACUCAAGUUUACAAGAGAUGGCCAAGCUGGAGGCUGAUGUUCAACAUGCCCUCAGCUCUAAACAGAUUACACUUGAUCAAGCACUUGCCUUGUGUCAGAAGUAUCACUCCAGAAUGCAAAUUGCAUGUGAGUGGCUGGAGGACGCUGUGGGCUUUUUGCAGCAGGCCAGUCUCGGAGUUGAUGUGGAGAACUAUGAGGAAUGCCUGAGGCAACAGGAAGAUAUUAUGGCCACUGAGCAGGAGUUCCUAGGCGUUCUUGAGGAGCUGGAAUCUCUACCUCCUCAACUGGAGAACCUGGUCAACCCUACAGCCAAAGAACAGCUUCGACUCAGCGUAAAGUCUGCUCAGGAGAGAGGAGUGGAGGUCAGAGACCAGCUACAGUCUCACCAGGAUAUCUUACACAGCUGUGUUGCCCAAUGGAAUGCUUAUCAGGAGGCCAGACAGACAGUCAUCGAGCUGAUGAAUGAAGCAGAGAAAAAACUAACAGAGUUCUCCACGGCCAAGGCUGCAACGAGCCAAGAAGCCGAGGAGAAACUCAAGAGUCAUAAGUCGUUGGUCUCCAUGGUGAACAGUUUCCAGGAAAAGCUGACUGGUUUGGAGGAACAAGCAUCCCAGUUAGAGCUGAUUGGAUGUGACGCUAGUAAAGCCACCAUCAGUCGCUCCAUGACCACGGUGUGGCAGCGCUGGACCAGGUUACGCAGUGUAGCACGAGGCCAGGAGAGGGUGCUGGAGGACACGGCUCAUGAAUGGAGGACAUUCAGAGAAAAGAUGAUGAAGGUGAGAGCUGUAACAGAAGAACUGAAGGCUCGUGUCCCUGAUUGCACCGCUGAAAAAGCCUCCAAAGCCACACUACAGUCACAUAUGGACCAGUAUGAGCUGGUCUCUCAGGAUCUGGAGAGGGAGCUGUCUUCACUAACUCUCUUACGUCAGUAUGCUCUAAGCUUGCUACAUGAUGUGGAGGUGUCUGUGCAAACAGCUGAUCAUGAAAAGUUGCUCAGUGUGAAGGAAAUGAAAGCUGUUCAAGAUCAGCUUGAUAGUCUACUGCAGAAAGCCAGGACAGGAAAGAGUCGAGUUCUGCAGGAACUGUCAGACAGAGAGGGUGUGGAGAGAGGACUCAGUCUGGUCAAGAGCUGGAUCCAGGACUCUAGAGAGCUUUUGCUAAAUCCCACAUCUGAUCUGGACAUUCUGACACAAGAACUGGAGGUGAUGCAUGGAGAGCUGAUCACUCACCGUCAGAAUGUAGACAAGAUUGCAGAAAAGCAACAGAGUAAAUACUUAGACCUGUACACCAUUCUUCCAUCAGAGAUCUCCAUGCAACUGGCUGAAGUGUCCCUGGCUCUGGGAUCCAUUGAGGAUCAGGUUCAAGCCAAAGAGAGAGACAUCCAGAAGACCAGAGUUAUCAAAGAAGAGUUCAAUUCCAGAAUCCAUGACGUAUCUGAAAAAAUGAAAGCCAUCUCUACGACUCUGAAGGAAAAAGCCACUGAUAUUGAUCAGGCAAAAGAUGAAGCCAGACGUAUUUGUGAUGAGCUUGGCAUUUGUGAAAGAACUCUAGCUGAGCUUGACGCUGCGGUCCAAGACUUUGGUCACCGUAACCCCAUUAUAGCCAGACAGCUGGGUGAUGCCGUCACUAAAUUACGAGAAAUCCAUCAUCACACUCUUCGACUGGCAGAGUAUAAGACCAUAUGGCUGAAAAAGGCUGAUGCCCAUCUAGAUGAAUACAAUGAGAUGUUUGAAUUCAUAGUGAAGUGGACAGAGAAAGCUAAGAGUCUAGUGAAAGCCAACAUCAUCUGGAACUCUUCAUCGCACCUGCAGGAGCAGAUCAGAAUAUAUCAGUCUGUUCUGCGUGAGUCACGUGAGCUUCAUGGGGACCUGGAGGCGAUGCAGGAGAAGGUGGAGAUCCUCGCUGAGACGCUGCAGGUGGAGGCCAUGGGUCAGCAGGUGUCAGAACUGAGCCGGCACACUGAAGAACUGGAGCAGAGCAUCAGAUCACGACUGCAAAGUCUACAGGAUGCAGCAAAGGACAUGGAGAGGUUUGAGGGUGAAGUGAAGACCCUGCAUGUUUCUUUGGAACAGGCCCAAGCCACUCUCACGUCUUCAGAACUGGCCCGACUGAGUCUUAAAGAACAACUGACUCAAAGACAGCGUUUGCUAACUGACAUGGAGAACUUCAAGCAGCAGGUAGAAGCAGUACAGGAGUGUCAGAGCGCUCUGAGAGUUCCUGAGGAGGUGGUCAACAGUCUGUCCAUCUGUCGCACUGCUCUGUGUCUACAGCAGGAAGCCAGCCAACUGCAGCACACCGCCAUACAGCAGUGCAACAUCCUGCAGGAGGCAGUGGUACAGUAUGAGCAGUAUGAACAGGAAGUGAAGAAUCUGCAGGCCAUGAUUGAAGAUGCUCACCGGGUCAUUCAGGAUCAGCCUGUGAACACCAGCAACAUCCAAGAGCUGCAGGCACAGAUUCACCAUCAUGAGGAGUUGGCCCAGAAGAUCAAGGGAUAUCAGGAGCAGAUUGCAUCACUGAACUCCAAGUGUAAGAUGCUGACUGUGAAAGCCAAACAUGCCACCGCACUCCUGACUGUGACUGAUGCCGACGGUUUUACCGAGAGCCUGGAGGAACUGGAUGGUGAUGCUACUAAAAGAAAACAGACUCAAUCUCAUGCCUCGAUGUCGUCUGGUCGCUCUCUCUCUCUCCUGUCUCCUGUGACUGAGGAGUCUGGUGAGGAGGGCACCAACAGUGAAAUCUGUUCUCCUGCUUUCUGUCGAUCUCCUUCACCUAUCACUAACACAGAAGCAUCCAUUAGCAAGAUGUCCAUGGGACGGGCCACUCUCACCAGAGCGCCCAUCCAGGAGCUGUACAAUCCCACCCUGGAGUCUGUGGCCAGUUUAGAUGACCUUCAGCGCUCAUGGGAAACCCUGAAAAAUGUGAUAAGUGAAAAGCAAAAGACUCUCUACGAGGCCCUGGAGAAACAACAGCGUUAUCAGGGCUCUCUACAGUCCAUCUCUGUCAAAAUGGAGUCCAUCGAGACCAGAUUGAACGAGCCCCCAAUGCAUGAUCUGAGUCCUGAUAGACAAAUGGUCCUCUAUCAGAAUCAGAUGGGAGAAGUUGUAAUGCUGCAGGAUGAUAUUGAUGAGCUCCAGUCCAGCUUUACAGAAGAACUGCUCUCAGAUGCUGUGGACUCCACGGAUCAUCUAGCCAUGCAGUCCACCCUCACUGUGCUGACGGAGAGGAUGGCCACCAUCCACAUGAAAGCUUCUGGAAAACGACAGCUUCUGGAGGAGCAACUGAGUGAGCGAGUGGAAAAGCAGCAACAGACACAGGCUUUACAACGUUACCUGAACCAGGCUGACCAGCUGGACCAAUGGCUGCAGAGCACUCGUGAUGACAUCACUUCCUGUUCAAAGGACUCAAAUACGGAAGAGCAACUCACAGACUGCCAGAACAUGCUGUUGGAAAUCGAAGAGAAAGUUCUGGCUCUAUCUGAGCUCUCCAGACACAGUGAAACCCUGCUGCUGGAUGGCCGACAGGAGAACAGAGAGGAUGCCGAGCAGCUGGCCAGGAAACUGCGUACGCUGAAGGGCAGUCUGCUCGAGCUGCAGAGGAUGCUGCAAGACAAACGGAUCAACAUCCAGGAUUCCCUUCAAGAGCCUUUAGACUCCAGUGAAUCAGACUCCAGUCUCUCUCAGAGUCCAAACAUGCAAGAUUGGCUGGCUCAGGCACGCACAACUCGCAGCCUACAACACCAGGAUACCCUCCAGAAACAGAAGGAACUUGAAGAGCAACUUGCAGAGCAGAAGAAUCUGUUAAAAUCUGUAGCCAGUCGUGGAGAGGAGAUCCUUACCCAGCAGGCAUCACCCAUCAGUUCCAGUGCGACGGACACUCUCUCACCUGAUCUCGAGCUGGAAGGAGACAGUCAGACCAUAAAGAAGCAGAGGAGGAAGAGAUGGGAGAGUCUGAAAAAAGACAUGGCCACCAAACUACAGCUCCUGAUGAAAACAAUUGAGCAAGACAGCAAGCAGCCGGUUUACUCCAGAACUGCAUGUGUGAAGACAGCAGGACCAGUUUAUAAAAGAGAAACUCAUGUCCAGGAAAAGUCCACUCUGAUGUCCCUGCAUAAUGGAUUCAGUCAGACUGUAAAGGACAUGAACACUCAGUCCACAGAGAGAGAAGUCUUUCAAAUGGAACAGCAGCUUUAUACAGCAGUCACAGUCACUUCCUCUUGGGUGGAUGAUGUGGAGAACACACUGUUUUCUGGCCCUGCGUUACUGACGGAGAACGCUGACACACAACUCUCCAACCAUGAGACAUUAGGAAAAGAAGUGAUGGAGGUGACCAAAGAGGUCAGUCACAGUCAGGGGCUGCUAGGGGGUGCUCUGGGUCUAUCUGAAGAGGAGCAGGCCCUGAUGAAGGACACUCUCGACUGUAUGACCCGGCGUCUGGGAGCACUGGACUCGGCUGGAGCGCGCUGUGACACCAUGCGGAACAGAAUGCGGGAACUUACUGCUUUCCAGACCGAGUUGCAGCAUCUGUUUACUGCGCUUGGUGAAAGCAAAUUCCAGAUUGUCCAGAAAUUGUCAGGAAUUAUUGAUUAUACAGCACCCAAACAGCUUGAAACUAUUGCCGAGGCAGAGGAAACACUGAAAGACUUUGAGCACAAAAUAACAGAGCUGAAAGCCAGAGCGGCGGAGCUUCAACCAGACCAGUUCUCCACCAAUGAGCUACUGAAGCUACAGGAUGCUUACGAAGAGAUGGUGAUGAUGGUGGGCUCUCGGCGGAGUGGCCUGAACCAGAAUAUGGCCCUGAAGAACCAGUAUGAGCGAGUUCUGCAGGAUCUAAUUGAUCUGGUGGACACUGCGCAAGACAAGAUUACCACUGACCAGAAGAUGAUUGCCAGCUCAGUUGAGGACGUGCAAAACCUUCUGGACAAACACAAGGAGUUUUUCCAAGGCUUGGAGUGGCAUAUGGUCCUCACCGAAACAUUCUACAAGAAGAUUUGUGCCUUUGUUUUGCCACGUGAGCGUCAGACUCUGGAGGAGACACUCGCUCAUGCUCAGGACAUACUUAAGCAAGCGCACAAGAGAGGAGUUGAGCUAGAGUGCAUGUCAGAGACAUGGAGUCGCCUAGUUUUGGACUACCAGACUUUGUUCCGGUUGCUGGAGGCAGUUGAGGGCAGUCUGCCAAGUGUAGGCCUGGUGGAAGAAACUGAGGAGAAGUUGACUGAGAGAAUUGAGCUCUAUCAGGCCCUGAAGGCCAGUCUGACAGAGCACCAAAACAAACUAUAUCAGGUGCUGGAGGAGGGCAAGCAGCUGCUGUCAUAUGUGACCUGCCCCACCCUGGAGAACCAGCUCACACUUUUGGGUGAACACUGGCUGAAAAACACCACCAAAGUCAACAAGGAGCUACAGCUCCUGGACUCCAUCCUGAAACACUGGACCAGGUAUAAGCUUGAGUCUGUUGAACUGAGCUGCUGGCUUCAAGAAGCUCUGGAGCGCUUGGAGUUCUGGGACACACAGUCUGUUGCUGGUCCUCAGGAAUUGCAGACCAUUAAAGACCAGCUAUCAGCUUUUCUGGAGUUCAGUAAGGAGGUGGAAACUCGCUCUAGUCUGAAGACCUCAGUGCUAAAUGAAGGUAACCAGCUGCUCAGACUGAAAAAGAUGGACACUGCGUCUCUGAGGUCUGAACUCGCCCGCUUGGACUCACAGUGGGCCGAACUGCUCGCCCACAUUCCUGUGGUACAUGAGAAACUCCACCAGUCUCAGAUGGAUAAGCUGGCAUCUCGUCAUGCUAUCGCUGAGCUUGUGAACUGGAUUUCACUGAUGGAGAGAGUCAUAGAGGAGGAUGAAGAAAAUCUCAAAGGUGCUGUUGGGUCAAAGGUCAUCCAAGAGUACCUGCAGCGGUACAAGGGCUUCAGAGUGGACGUGAACUGUAAGCAGCUCACCGUGGACUUUGUGAAUCAGUCAGUGCUGCAGAUCAGUGGCCAUGAUGUGGAGAGCAAGCGCAAUGACAAGACGGAUUUCGCAGAGAAACUAGGGGCCAUGAACUGCCGCUGGCAGAUACUGCAGACACACGUCAUAGAGAGGGUGCAAUAUCUGGAGGGCUUGCUGACGUCUUGGGUGGAAUAUGAGGGUAAAGUUCAGAGUCUUCAGGCAUGGCUGAGUGCUCAGGAGGACAGGCUCAAGAGGAAACACAGGAUUGAGAACUUAUCUUCAGUGCAGAAUGCCCUCAAAGACUGCCAGGACAUGGAGGAGAUGAUAAAGGAGAAGGAGAGGGAGUUGGAGAGAGUGGAGGAACAAGCCUGUGCUCUCGUUCAAAACAAGACAGACGAGGCCUGUGCUGUUGUCAUGGAAACUCUCCGAGCCCUCAAUAACACAUGGGCCAACCUGGACCACCUGAUCGGGCAGCUGAAGAUCAGUCUGAAGUCAGUGCAGGACAAAUGGAGUCAGUAUAAACAAGCGUCUGAAGAGAUCAACAGCCACCUAACAGAGGGACGAUACUCUGUGUCCCGCUAUCGUCUGCUCACGGGAUCUCUGGAGGCAGCACGAUUACAGGUGGAGAGUCUACAGAAACUGCAAGAGGAGCUUGAAAAGCAGGAGAGCAGUUUGAGGAAGUUUGGUGCCGUUACACAUCAGCUCCUGGAGGAAUGCCAACCUUCUGUGUCUGACUCACUCAAUAACACACUCAAAGAUAUCAACGCCAGGUGGAACAGUCUGCAGGAGGAGAUUGUGGAGCGUCUAAAGAGCAGUAAGGCUCUCCUUCAACUCUGGCAGGGUUAUAAAGAUCUUUAUGGACAAAGUGAGUCCAGCGUACAGAGCUCAGAGGAGAGAGCAAACCAGCUUCUGAAGACAGCUAGUCACAAAGACAUUACAGAGGAAGAGGUGUCCACAUGGAUCCAAGACUGUGCUGAGUUGUUGCGGUCUCAGGGUCCAGUCCAAGCAUCUCUACAGGUCUUACUGGAGUUGGGAGAGCAGCUCAAACAGCAGGUUGACACAUCAGCUGUGGCCUCCAUCCAAUCUGACCACCUGUCACUCACCCAACGCCUCAGCACUGUCAAGCAGAGCCUGAGCAGACAGCAGGUGGCGCUGCAGGCUGGCGUUCGGGACUAUGAGACCUUUAACGAGCAGUUGGACUCUCGGUUCCGCUGGAUUGUGGAAGCUGAGGAGGUCCUCAGAAGCCAAGAUCCAAACAGUUCCUCUGACCAGUCACUAAUCCAAGACCGUAUGGAGGAACUCAAGAAACAGAUGCUGAAGUUUAGCAGUAUGGCUCCUGAUCUGGAGAGACUGAAUGAGCUGGGUUACAGACUUCCUCUUAAUGACUCUGAGAUCAAACGUAUGCAGAACCUCAACAGAUGCUGGUCCAACACCUCAGCUCAAACCACAGAGAGAUUCAGUAAACUCCAGGCCCUUCUACUCCAGCAGCAGACAUUUCUGGAGAAGUGUGAGACGUGGAUGGAGUUCCUGGAGCAGACGGAGGAGAAACUGACCGUUGAGAUAUCCGGAAACUUUCAGAGUUUGAUGGAGCAGCAGAGAGCUCAUGAGUUGUUUCAGGCAGAGAUGUUCAGCAGACAGCAGAUUCUUCACUCUAUCAUCAGUGAUGGACAGCGCAUGCUGGAGCAAGGACAGGUGGACGACAGAGAUGAGUUUAAGCUGAAGUUGGCUCUUCUCAGUAACCAGUGGCAGGGGGUGGUGAGACGCGCUCAGCAGCGGAGGGGAAUCAUCGACAGUCUCCUCCGUCAGUGGCAGCGCUACAGGGAGAUGGAGGAGAAGCUCCGGAAGUGGUUGGUGGAAGUGUCCCAUCAGGCCGAGACCCGGCAGGCAGGCGCACCUGUACCCCUGCAGCAGGCACGGGCCAUGCUGGAUGCUGUUCAGCUGCGAGAGAAGGUGCUGCAGAGGCAGCAGGGCAGUUACAUCCUGACAGUGGAGGCCGGGAGACAGCUGCUUCUGUCUGCAGACUCACGAGCUGAAUCAGCGCUACAGGAGGAGCUGCUGAACAUACAGGAGCGCUGGAGACACGCUAAUAUUCGACUUGAGGAGCAGAAGAAAGAGCUGGCCGUGCUGCUCAGGGAUUGGGAGAGAUGUGAGAAAGGCAUUGGGGGAUCUCUGGAGAAACUGAGAGCGUUUAAACGACAACUUUCCCAGCCCCUUCCAGAUCGUCACGAGGAGCUGCAGUCUGAACAAAUGCGCUGCAAGGAUCUGGAGAGCAUGUUUGAUGGCUGGAAGGAGGAUCUGACUCACCUGACGGUGUUGAGAGAAUCUCUGUCCAGCUACAUCAGUCCUGAAGAUCUGUGUGUGUUACAAGAGCGCAUUGAACUUCUACACCGCCAAUGGGAGGAGAUCUGUCACCAGUUGUGUCUGCGCAGGCAGCAGGUGAGUGAGAAGCUGAAUGAAUGGGCGAUCUUCAACGACAAAUAUAAAGAGCUCUGUGAAUGGUUGACUCAUAUGGAAAGCAAAGUAUCUCAGAAUGGAGACAUCAGUAUUGAAGAGAUGAUUGAGAAACUACGAAAGGACUAUCAGGAGGAGGUGACAAUGGUGCAGGAGAAUAAACAUGAGCUUCACGAUUUGGGGAAGCGUUUAGCUCUGGCCAGUCACGAGAGCAAAGCUUCUGACAUAGAACACAAACUGGACAAGAUCAAUGAACGCUGGCAGCACCUGCUUGACCUCAUAGGAGCCAGGGUGAAGAAGCUUCGAGAGACACUGGUGGCCGUGCAGCAGCUGGAUAAAAACAUGAGCAGUCUGCGCUCUUGGCUCGCACACAUCGAGACCGAACUGUCUCGCCCCAUCGUCUAUGACACCUGCGACUUCCAGGAGAUCCAGAGAAAGCUGGACCUGCAGCAGGAGCUGCAGAGAGACAUCGAGAAGCACAGCACAGGUGUGGCGUCCGUGCUGAACCUGUGUGAAGUUCUCCUGCAUGACUGCGACGCCUGUGCGACAGACGCUGAGUGCGACUCCAUCCAGCAGGCCACACGAAAUCUGGACCGCCGCUGGAGGACCAUCUGUGCCAUGUCCAUGGAGAGGAGACUCAAGAUUGAGGAGACGUGGCGGCUUUGGCAGAAGUUUCUCGAUGAUUUCUCACACUUUGAGGAUUGGCUAAUGGUGUCGGAGAAGACCGCCGCACUGCCAAACUCAUCUGGUGUCCUUUAUACUGUCGCCAAAGAGGAACUCAAGAAAUUUGAGACUUUCCAGCGUCAGGUGCAUGAAAGUUUGACACAGCUGGAGUUGAUCAAUAAACAGUAUCAACGGUUGGCACGUGAGAAUCGCACUGACGCGGCCUGUAGUCUGCGAGAGAUGGCACACAACGCCAACCAGCGCUGGGAUAAUCUACAGAGACGAGUGGCAUCAGUUCUCCGCAGACUCAAGCACUUUAUAAGUCAGCGUGAGGAGUUUGAGACAGCUCGGGACUGUAUUCUGGUGUGGUUGACUGAGAUGGACCUGCAGCUAACAAACAUCGAGCAUUUCUCUGAAUGUGACGUUCAGGCCAAGAUCAAACAGCUGAGGGCAUUUCAGCAGGAAAUCACUCUGAACACCGCAAAGAUUGACCACAUCUUCCAGCAGGGUGAAGCUCUGGUAGAGAAGAGUGAGCCGAUAGAUGCAGCUGUGAUUGAGGAAGAGCUGGAAGAACUACAGCGGUACUGUCAGGAAGUGUUCGGACGGGUGGAACGAUACUACAAGAAGCUCAUCCGAUUACCGCUCCCAGAUGAUGAAAAUGAUGUCUCGUACUCGGACCGUGAGUUUGAUCUGGAUGAAACCGCUGACGUGUCCAAUUUUCCAUGGAGCGAGCGCCUGGGUGACGGUCUGCUGUCCCCUCUUCCCUCCUCCAGUCGGUCUGCAUCGCUCGCCGCUCCUCUACGGACUGAGCGCUCGGGCCGAGACACCCCAGCCAGCGUGGACUCUAUCCCUCUGGAGUGGGACCAUGACUACGACCUGAGCCGAGGUCUGGAGAGUGCCAGCAGAGCCCUGUCUUCUGAACCAGGAGAAGAUGGAUACCUGCAAGGAACUGCAUCAGCUCUCUCAGAUGUAGUGAUUCCAGAGAGUCCUGAAGCGUAUCUUAAACUUACAGAGCAAACGCUGAAGUCCAGCGCUGGUGAUGCUGGCUCACUGGAGACUCAUAUCAGACAGCUGGAUAAAGCUCUGAACACCAGCUGCUUCCAUCUGCAACAGACAGAGAACAUCAUACGCAGCCGAACCCCCACCGGCCCUGAACUGGAUGCCACAUACAUGGGAUAUAUGCGUCUGCUCGAAGAAUGUCGUGGCAGUAUAGACGCAGUAAAGCGAGUGGGAUUUGAGCUGAAGGACGAAGACGACAAGAUAUCUGGCCUCGUUGAUCCCAACAGCUCAGAGUUCCAGACGUCAGGUGUGAUUGAGCGCUGGGAGCUGUUGCAGGCUCAGGCUCUCAGUAAAGAGCUGCGCAUGAAGCAGAACCUCCAGCAGUGGCAGCAGUUUAACUCAGAUCUGAACAGCAUCUGCAGCUGGCUGAAUCAGACUGAAGAAGAACUGGAGCAGCUGCGAGGACUGGACCUCAGCACCGACAUACAAACCAUCGAGCUACGCAUCAAGAAGCUCAAGGAGCUGCAGAAGGCUCUAGACAAGCGUAAGGCCAUUGUGCUGUCCAUAAACCUGUGCAGCGGCGAGUUUGUGCAGUCGGACAGCGAGGAGGCACGAGACCUGCAGCGCCGACUGAAGGAGAUGAACAAUCGCUGGGAACAUCUGAGCAGCUCUCUGGAUGAGUGGAGAAACGCUCUACAGGACGCUCUGAUGCAGUGCCAGGACUUCCAUGAGAUGAGUCAUGGUCUCCUUCUGUGGCUGGAGAAUAUUGACCGUAGAAGAAAUGAGAUUGUCCCUAUUGACCACACACAGGACAGCGAUAGCUUACAGGAGCAUCACAAAACACUUUUGCAAAUCCGCCGGGAGUUGCUGGACACCCAGAUGAAGGUGGCGUCCCUGCAGGACAUGUCCCUACAGCUGCUGGUCCACUCACAGGGCAGUGACUGUCUGGAAGCCAAAGAGAAGGUACAUGUCAUCGGGAACCGUCUCAAGCUGUUGCUAAAGGAGGUGACUCGAGACAUUAGAGAGCUGCAGAAGACCCUGGACAUCACCAGCAGUCAACAGGAUCUGUCAUCUUGGUCAUCUGCUGAUGAGUUGGAUACAUCUGGUUCCCUGAGCCCUGUGUCUGGACGCAGCACUCCCAGUCGCCAGCGAUCGAAACGGGGCAAAAGUAGUCUGUCACAGCCCGGAGCGUCUGUGAGCAGUCCACUUCACAGGUCUCGCAACGCCGCUGGAUACGUUUCCUCCCAUUCUGAAGAGGAAGAACCAUCAUCCUGGUGCAAAACAUUCUUAAAACGCGUCCUCUGGGCCGCACUGCCCCUGCAGCUCCUCCUGCUGUUGCUGGUGGUCGUGGCCUGCCUCGUGCCUACAUCUGAGGAAGACUACAGCUGUGCCCAACUCAACAACUUUGCCCGCUCCUUUCACCCCAUGCUCAGCUACACCAAUGGGCCUCCACCAAUAUGAGCCUGAUUUUGAAGUAA